AUGUCCACAGCCGUCACAACACACGCCGCAGAGUCGGCCACUGGCCACUCGUCUUCCACCAACCUGGCGAACAUUGGUGGCGCAGCAGCUUCUGCCAACGCCCUUGGCAUUCAGUCCUUCUACCAGUCCAAAAUCCGAUCUUACGAGAUUCUCAUCAACCAAAAGACGCAGAAUCUCCGCCGUCUCGAAGCGCAACGAAACGCUCUCAACGCACGUGUUCGUCUCUUGCGAGAAGAGCUCCAGCUGCUUCAGGAGCCUGGUUCGUAUGUCGGUGAAGUCGUCAAGGUGAUGGGCAAGAAGAAGGUUCUUGUCAAGGUUCAGCCCGAAGGCAAAUACGUUGUCGACAUUGCGUCCGACAUCGAUGUCUCGACACUCACACCGACUCUCCGUGUCGCCCUUCGAUCCGACUCCUACACCCUCCACAAAGUGCUUCCUAACAAGAUCGACCCCCUCGUCUCGCUCAUGAUGGUCGAAAAGGUGCCCGACUCCACCUAUGAGAUGGUCGGUGGUCUCGAUCGUCAGAUCAAGGAGAUCAAGGAGGUCAUCGAGCUUCCCGUCAAGCACCCAGAACUCUUCGAAUCGCUCGGUAUCGCACAGCCAAAGGGUGUCCUUCUCUACGGUCCUCCAGGUACCGGUAAGACUUUGCUUGCACGAGCCGUCGCCCACCACACCGACUGCCGCUUCAUUCGUGUCUCAGGUUCCGAGCUUGUUCAAAAGUACAUUGGUGAAGGUUCACGUAUGGUUCGAGAGCUUUUCGUCAUGGCUCGAGAACAUGCUCCUUCCAUCAUCUUCAUGGACGAGAUCGACAGUAUCGGUUCCUCUCGAGGCGAGAGCGGUUCCGGUGGUGGUGACUCGGAGGUGCAGCGGACCAUGCUCGAGCUUCUCAACCAGCUCGACGGUUUCGAAGGCACAAAGAACAUCAAGGUCAUCAUGGCCACGAAUCGUAUCGACAUUCUCGACUCCGCCUUGCUUCGUCCCGGUCGUAUCGACCGUAAGAUCGAAUUCCCACCUCCGGGCCCUGAGGCCCGUGUCUCGAUCCUGCGCAUUCACAGCCGAAAGAUGUCGUUGCAACGAGGCAUUAACCUCCGUGCGCUCGCAGAGAAGAUGGGUCAAUGUUCCGGAGCCGAGGUUCGAGGUAUCUGCACUGAAGCCGGCAUGUACGCAUUGCGAGAACGUCGACAGCACGUUUCGCACGAAGACUUCGAACUCGCCAUUGCAAAGGUUCUUCGUGCACAGGCUUCCUCCGAGACUUCCGUCAACAAGCUCUUCACCUAA